AUGGUCUCUCACACCCCCGUCCUCCCCGCACCCACCACGGGUAUCAGCAUUGCACCCUCUCCCUCCGGUACCCACCGCCUCCAGUCUCCCAUCUUCACCAUCCCGCCUACCCUCCAGCCGUCCCUCGACGUCGCAGCCGCCCACCUCCGUGCAGGCCGCACCGUCGCUUUCCCCACCGAGACAGUCUAUGGUCUCGGAGCCCACUCUCUUGACGCCGACGCUGUGCGCAAGGUGUAUGCCAUCAAGAGGCGCCCGGCCGACAACCCGCUCAUCAUCCAUGUCAGCAGCCUCGACAUGCUGGAGCGUCUCCUGCCCUCCACCUAUACGCUGUCACCACUCUAUUUAGGCCUGGUGGACGCAUUCUGGCCUGGUCCCCUGACUUUGCUGUUCCCGUCGCCCAACCCACCUCCCGCACCAGCACCGCAGACGAAUGCGAUCCGCAUGCCCAACCACCCCUUGGCUCUGGCACUCAUCAACGCGGCCGACCUGCCCGUCUCGGCUCCCAGCGCCAACUCGUCUGGCCGCCCCAGCCCCACACAGGCUCAGCACGUCGCUCACGACCUUGACGGCAGUGAUGGCCUGGGGUGUAUCCUCGACGGCGGAGCUUGCGGUGUCGGAGUGGAGAGCACCGUUGUGGACGGCCUGGGGUGGAAGCAAGGCGGCGGUGGUGUCGUCAACGUUUUGCGCCCUGGCGGUCUUGGCGUCGAGGAUGUGGCCCGUGUGGUCGCCCAAGUGGACGCCAAGCUGGGUGGUACGACCCAAGUCCUCGUGCACGGCAAGCCUUGGUCCAAGGGCCACAACUUGUCGGCGCUCGCACCCAAGACCAAGAGUGCCAUCGUGGCCGACUUGCCACCUAGCACUCCCGGCAUGAAGUACCGCCACUACUCGCCCAAGAUCCCUGUUCACCUCCUCCUGCCUUCCAACACUUUCCCGACCCCGCCCGUCCGUCCUUCUGUCACUACUCCUCUGGACGUCGUCGCCUCGCUCGCAAAGGCACUGGGCAAGACCCACCCCCGCCUCGGCCUGUUGUCCUUUGACAACUCACCAUUGUCCAACGUCCUGCUGGCAUCUAGCAGCCCCGACUACUCUUUCGUCCCCAUGUCUCUUGGGCCCGAUGCUGCCUCCGCCGCACAGCGCCUGUUUGGCGGUAUGCUCGCGCUCGAGGCGGACGGAACUACGAAUGGUGUCGACCUGAUCCUCAUUGAGGGGUGCAGCGACGACGGCCUUGGCCUCGCUGUGAUGGAGCGUGUGGGCAAGGCUGUUGGCGGCGGUGGUGUGGCUGGUGCCCUGGGUAAUGGGCAGGUGAGCACACCCAGCGCCGAGGGCAGGUUCUGGGUCGAGGUCUAG